CUGAUCAAUGUGUCCGAGGUGCGUGUCCAGGAGUUUGACGGGUCGCGCCACAUGGACUUUCAUCCCCUGCCCGAGCGCAGACUGAUUAUCCACCUGUCCGGUGAGGUUGAGAUCGGUGCCAGCGACGGCGCUAAACGGGUGCUGCGAGCCGGGGAUAUCCGGCUGAUGGAGGACGUCACUGGCAAGGGCCAUUCGCACCACGACCUGACUCCAUCGGCUGCGGUCUACGCCCUGCUAAACGACUGA